GGUGUGUUGGGUCGUCGCUGUCGGUCGGGGUUCGAGCUGUAUGGGGCCCUCCAGAGUAAAGCGGAGCGCACGCGGGAGGGCUGAGGAAGCCGCGGGUCUGGGGAGUGACCUGAGAAAGGCGUGCGGGAACUUCCCCUCUGUCCCCGAGAAGGAUCAAGGCUGAGGGCAGCACGAAUUGACAGAAGCGCCGUGGGCUGGACGGGAUUCCCAUGGCCUGACGGGGGAAACUGAGGCUCGGGCAGUGCCCAAAAUGUCUGUUGUUCGUUCUGCUGUCCAUGCCAAAUGGAUUGUGGGGAAGGUAGUUGGGACAGCCAUGCAAAAAACUGCCAAAGUGCAUGUAAACAGGCUUGUCCUGGACCCCUACUUACUAAAGUAUUUUAAUAAGCGAAAAACUUACUUUGCUCACGAUGCCUUAGAACAGUGCACAGUGGGAGACAUUGUGCUUCUCAGGGCACUACCAGUGCCACGAAGCAAGCACGUGAAACAUGAAUUGGUGGAGAUCGUCUUCAAAGUUGGAAGAGUCAUUGACCCAAUUACUGGAAAACCUUGUGCUGGAACCACGUACCUAGAAAGCCCAACAUGUUCCAAGAUUGCCCCACUCACCCAGAGUCUGAAAGAACUGGAUAUUUCUUCAACAUAGCAAAGAAAUGAAGCCCAGAAGAAGCUGUCCAAGAGAGACGCUAAACAGACAAGUGUGCAGGAGAUUUUUGUAUUUGUUUUCCAUCCCAGCCAUCCUGGUUUGGUAGAUGAAGUAUCCAAAACUAAAUAAAUAAGGAACUUUUUUAAGAAUGUGGUUUUUCACAAUGGACAGUGACAGUUUCAAGUGAAAUGACCUUAUCAAAACAGCAAUGGAAAUAACCACUUUCUUAUCAUCUCUGAGAUUAGAGCAACAGGCUGCAUUAUUAAAUAAGGUUAUUGUUUGGUCCACAGAAAUUUAAAAUAUAGGAGCUUGGCUUGGGGUAGGGUGAUGAAUAAGAAACUUGUUUGUAAAUAAUUAUCCUUUUUUUAAUAUAUUAAAAUGACUAUUGGAAGUA